UUUGGGGGGUUUAUGCGAGGUUCAAAAAAAGGAAAGGGACAAAGCAUAGUGGCUUUGGAGAGAGAGAGAGGGUGGAGGUUACAAAUCAGAUGACAUACACUCACAUGGGAAAUGGUAUAGAGUAAAGAGAGAGAAGAAAGUACAUGCCAUCUGUUGUACAUGGGAGCACUUUCCGGGUUCUCAAAAGCCCUCAUUCUGCUGGAGUUUUGGUUUAAGUGAUGAGGCCCAAAGCAAAUGCCCUUUUCUGCUCCACCUCUUUAUCUUCUCCAGAAUCUCCACUCAGCCAAACCCAUUAGCCUUUCCUCACCAAUUUCAAAACCCUAAUCCCAAUUUUGUGCUCUGAUCUUGUUUGCAUGUUGCUUAGAAACUGUAUCGCAAGAUUUUGUAGCAAUAGUUGGAUGGUUUUAUGCUAAAACAUCAGCUAUGAUGAGGAACACUAUUCUUUUAUAUGCAGUGAUUUGAGAAUGAAGCAAUGUAGUAGCGCUCACCUUUUCUGAUACUGGAUAUACAUAUUCAGCAAAGAAAGGAAGAGACUGAACGAAUUGGAAUUGAUGCCAAUUGUUGGAGAUGUUAAUCAAUGAAAGUACGCAGCAUUUCCUUGUUGGCUUUGAGGGAUUUAUGGUAAUUAUUAAAUAAUUAUACCUCUACUUCAGCAAUGAUGAGAGCAAAUAAGGAAACAUAAGGAAGACUGUGGGUCAAGUGGAACUGCAGUCAGUUGUUAGAGAUGUUUCUCAGCAAAGAAAUUGAGGAUUUGCAUGAUGAUGGGGUUGAAGGAUCCAAAACUGAGCGUUGUAUAUUCACAGAGGUUUUCUUUGGUCAAGACAUUGGUGGCGCUAGUAAGAGAUGUCUUGUUACUGGAGUGAUUAACUUUGAAUGUGAUAAUUCAAGUAAGAACACAGACGGAGCACUGUCAUCAAACAGUGAAAACUCAGUUGUGACGAGUCACUCAUCCUCUAAAAAUACUUGUUUGGAGGAGUUUUAUAAUGCAACCGAGGAAUUUAGAGAAACCUCUGCACCGGCGUUUUGCUUGGACAGAUCUGCUUUGUUAGAUAGGAAUGAAGACGAUGUGACUGUUAAGAGAAUGAAGUUUUCAGUUGAUGAGCUUUCUAAUACCAAACCUGGUUUAGGAAAGGUCAUUUCAUCAGUAGUUCCAAAGGAAAUGGUUUCUGGCACGUCUGAUCCAGCUACAAACUCUUUCUCUGAUACGGUUACGUUUCGUUUGGUCGAAUCUUCUAGUCAGGGAGUCACAACUAGUUGCUAUUUGUUAAAGAAACUUGCAGAACUUGACAAAGCGGGCAUAGUAGGUGACCCAGAUGUUCCGAAGUGCAGAUUGCCAACCUCAGAUGGGGAUGAUAGAAAGGAAGUAUGUGUAGGUAAAGCUAUUGCUUCACCUGUUUUGCAUGAGAGCUUCUCAGCCAGGCUUCUGGUUGCAAGUCCAGUAGUCACUGUUCUGGAUAAAUUGGAAACUCCUCUACAUGCUGAGGGAAAACCCAAGGGAUUCGAAGCUCCUGUUUUGGAUGUAUCCGAUGUUGCCUUGAAGAUAGACGCUAGUAAGGACCCUCGUCCAGUUCUCCAAUGUCAUGUUGCUCGCUUGCUUGAAGCUGCAGGAUGGCAUAUUGAGAGGAGAAAAAGACCUAGUAGAAGUUAUAUGGAGUCUGUUUAUAAAACACCUAAGGGAAAAUAUAUUCGUGAGUUCCCCAAAGCUUGGCGGUUAUGUGGAGAACUUUUGUUUGCGGAUAGGUACAGUUUGCUGCAGGAAGAUGAUCCAAAGGAGUGGGCCGAUAUCAGUCAGUUCUGGUCAGAUCUAUCUGGUGCUUUAGCAAAUAUUGAGAAAGAGAUGAAUCAUCCAGAACCUGACGCUGCAUUGGCUUAUUGGUGGAGGCUUUUAGAUCCUUUUGUGAGUGUCGUGUUCAUUGAGAGAAAGAUUGGCAGUCUGAGAAAGGGAGAGAUUGUUAAAGCAAGUCAGAGUUUAGUUAUAGACCCGAACCAUGAGACUGAUUCUUCUUUGGCCUUGACUAGUGGCAAUAAUAUAAAAAAUCGCUGUGCUCAGGAAGAUGCGUCAGCUCCCCUCUGUGAUUCAACUCUGGUCAGCGGGGCUGGAUUGGCAGUUCCUGAGGGAUUUUAUGGACGGACAAGUCACGAGGAAGUGAAAUUGCUUAUGGGCCAAUCUAAUGAUUCAGCUAAUGUAGAAUGUCAGUGCUUGGUGAAUGCUGGGAAUAGAAUUGAAAAUAGAACAAGUAGUCUGGAUUUCACUUCCUUACCAGUUUGUGGGUCUGGUGGCACUUGCAUCCAGUCAGCUACUCGUCGUGAUGAACCUAUUACUUCCAGAAAAUGUAACAAUGUGCAUGGAGGUUCUGAAGCUGUAUCUCCUCACCAAGAUAGCAAUGCAAAUUCCCCAAGCUUUAAUAAACAGAGUUCCGGACUUGAUGUAGAAACAACUAAGGAAGUUAUGGAAGAUGUAUCAGUGGAUUAUUCUGAGGAAAAAGAUGAAUUGCAGGGAGACAAGGUUGAUGAUAAGCUGGAAAGUGCUCUGCAGGGAUCAUUAGAUUACCAACGAAACUGCACAAGUGAUCUUUUGAAAAGAAAAAUACGUAGGAAGUCUAAAAAGAUAUCCGAAAUUGAACCAAGCUCGAUAUACCAAAGUGGCCUUUUUGGUUUUACUUCUACUGAGAAUGCUGAUUCACAGUGUAUUGAUGCUAAUGGUACCCAGUCAAAGUUGAAAGUGGUCCAGGAUGAAUUUACAGGUAAUAAAAUAUGUAAAGGAAGUCGCAGGACGUCCUUACCUCUCGAUUCCUGCCAGCAACAGAUUGGGAGAAAAUGCUCAAAGUUGAUGAGGAUUAAUCGUGAAUGUGAUGAUUUUAAAACUGGAAAAAGGAAAUCGUCUAGAUGCCAAAUUGAAGAUGAUGACUUGUUGGUUUCAGCUAUUUUUAAAAACAAAGAUUUUAGCCCUAGCCCUGCUCGUUAUUUUUCUAGAAAGAAAGCCAGCAAAUCAAGAGCUCAAAGGAAGGGUAAAAGCCAAAAGAGCCGUUGCAAGUUGCUUCCAAGAAGCCUGGGUAGUGGGGGAAAGCACUUUAAGGAUGGAAAGUGGUAUUCUGCAGGAGUGCGAACAGUUUUGUCUUGGUUAAUUGAUGCUGGUGUCAUAUCUUUGAAUGAUGUCAUUCAGUAUCGGAAUCCCAAGGACGGUGCUGUCCUUAUAGAUGGUCUGGUUACCAGGGAUGGCAUUUUUUGUAAGUGUUGCAGUAAAGUAAUUACAGUUUCUGAGUUCAAGUCUCAUAGUGGGUUCAAACAGAAUCGUCCAUGUUUGAAUCUUUUUAUGGAAUCUGGUCAGCCCUUCACCUUAUGCCAGCUUCAAGCCUGGUCAGCUGAAUACAAAAGCAGGAAAAGGGGAACCCAAGUUGUGCGAGCUGAUGAAAAUGAUCAAAAUGAUGAUUCAUGUGGACUUUGUGGUGAUGGUGGCGAGUUGAUAUGCUGUGAUAACUGCCCCUCUACUUUUCAUCAGGCUUGUUUGUCUCUGCAGGAGCUUCCUGAAGGCAGCUGGUACUGCCCAAACUGCACCUGUUGGAUAUGUGGUGAUUUCGUCAAUGAUAAAGAGGCAUCAAGUACUUCUGAUGGAUUUAAAUGUUCACAGUGUGAACAUAAAUAUCAUGAGGCAUGCAUGAAAGAAAAAUAUGCAUAUGGAGCCAUACUGGAUUCUUGGUUCUGUGAUAGAAGCUGUCAGGAGGUUUAUUCAGGUCUUCAAUCUCGCGUUGGCUACAUUAAUCAUGUUGCUGAUGGAUUUUCGUGGACACUUCUUAGAUGCAUUCAUGAUGACCAAAAGGUUCAUUCUGCUCAACGGUUUGCGCUGAAGGCGGAAUGCAACACAAGAUUAGCUGUUGCUCUUACAAUCAUGGAGGAAUGCUUUUUGUCUAUGGUCGAUCCUAGAACUGGCAUAGACAUGAUACCCCAUGUUUUAUACAAUUGGGGGUCAGAUUUUGCACGUUUGAAUUUUCAAGGCUUUUACGCUGCAGUCUUGGAGAAAGAUGAUGUGUUGAUAUCUGUAGCAUCAAUCAGGGUGCAUGGAACAGCAGUUGCAGAGAUGCCGCUUAUUGCAACUUGCAGUCGAUACCGUCGCCAGGGAAUGUGCCGACGCCUUGUCACUGCUAUUGAAGAGAUGCUAUUAUCUUUUAAGGUGGAAAAGCUUGUCGUAGCUGCCAUUCCAGAUUUGGUGGCGACAUGGACAGAGGGUUUUGGCUUUGUACCUGUAGAAGACAGUGAAAAACGGAGUUUGAACAAGAUCAACUUGAUGGUUUUUCCUGGAACAAUUUUGCUCAAAAAACCCUUGUAUGGAAAUCAGAUAGCACAUAGGCAUUCUGGUGAUACAUUACCCUUACGAGCGGGAGAAAUGAGAAAAGAAGGUUUGUGUUCUCAAGAAGAUCCCAAGGACAAGUUUGGACAGCAUUUGGAUGAUAUUUCUUGCAGAAACAAAACUGGUGUUGAAGCAGAAAAUGAAUUUGUAGAAGGUGUUAAGUUACAAGAAUUGGAAGGUAGCAAAUUAUUCAUUGGUGGUGAUAACAAAGCUGGUGCAUCAACAUUAGAAACAGGCGGAUCAACUGAUGUAGGUAUUCAAUCCAGAGAAACCAUUAUUGGGUUUGUCCAGCAACCUGAUGAAAAAUGUUCUGGUAACAACACUGGUGCUGAAAAGGAAACACAAAUGGAAUCUGCAUUGGGUGCUAAAACUGAUGUUGAGUCCGUAAAGCAAUCGGAUGGAAAAUGUCAUGCUGACAGAAUGGUCGUCGAUGCAGAGAUUGGACUUGAAGGCAAGAAUUUGCAGGAAUUACAAGCUGAAGUUGAACUCACUGUCCAGCCAUCAGAGGGAAUUGGUUGCCAGAUCGAAGUAGGCACCACAGAAUCAGAUAUCAGCCAAAUGAAUCCCAAGGAUCUGCUGCAAUCAGAAGUUGACUCCAAAAUGGAAAUUUUUGAAUGUGUGGAGCAAUGCAAGGAAAAUUAUUGCAUCAAGGAACCGGAAGUCAGAGUUAUGGAAAGCAAGAAUGUGCAAGUAGGUGAAGCCAAAGGAAGCACUUUGCAGGGCCAAUUUUCAAAGCUGUCUUGUGAAGAACCAGCGCCAACAUUAGGAAAUAGGCAGCCGGAAACGGUGGCUAAUGUUAAAUCCUUGAACAUGUAUGAUGAAAUACAGCUUUCUGUGGACAAACAGUCGCAGAAAUAGAGCCAUGUCGAAAUAUAAUUAAGCUUAUUUGAAGUGUCUUUUGCUCAAA